GACCGCCAUCCUACUCCAGUCCAGCUGGUGGCGCUGUGGCCAUGCCAGUUACCCAUGAGACAGAAAGAAGAGCCAACAACAGCACACACACAGCAAGCACGAGCGUCGUAUUAAUAAAAAAAGUAAUGGAGGAGUCUGACUUUGGUGAUAUUUUAGACGACUGGUUUAUAGAAUCACUGAAAACGUACAAAGACCUUCAUGUGUAUCAGCUGGAGUUUCCCACCAAAGUCAUUGAGUGGACGUCAGGGAAAACCAUCUGUGUUGCAGGGGACUCCUUGACCAAAAAUGACAUUUUGGAACUUAGUUUGCCUCCUAAACUCUUUGCUGAAGUAAAUAAGGGUCUCUGUGCUGAGCGGGAUUUCAAGGUGGUCCAUGGGGGUUUUACACAAGGUCCCGUCAGCGAUCUCAAACACAUCCCAGGAACUCGGUUGGCUGUCACCAGUGAUGGGCUGACCUCAGACCUGCCGGUGUGGGACCUGGGAGGGGAAGACAGCGACGUCAUCACGAGGACGGCGAGCAUCAAAGGAACACAAAACGCCCAGGGAGGAGGGGUCAAGAUGGCGGCACCACGCUCAACACAGCCGGCUAUUCUUCACGGAACACGGAGUGGUGACAUCCGGCUGACAUGUCUGCCAACAGGACAAUGUAUCUACGACCGAGCGUCAGACUCUGCGGACCUUCUGAGUUCUUUACACUUUGUGAGCGAGGUGGUCUUCUUGGCCGCCUGCACGAACGGGAAUGUUCACACCGUAGACACCCGCACGUCCUCAUCCCCUCAGGUGGCCCCUCUCACCAUACCCGCCAUCGAUUCGAGUUCUCUCUGGUGGACGGACGCCUUGCCAGGCGUGUCGGGCUACAGGUUGGUCCGUGUGUCCUCAACGGGGCGGGCGGUGGUUUCGGACCUGCGGAAACCGGCCGAUGUGGUCUGUCAGGCUCAGCUAGAGGUCCAGACACAAGAGCGACGCCACCUCAGGCCGGGUGACGUCACUGUGAGGUGGGCGCCCUCACUGGAGGACACCGUCUCUGUGUCAGGUUUCGGCGGAGACGUCCAAAUCUACAACUCUGCCAGCUGGGGGGCGGAGCCUACAGGAGUCAAGCCGCUCUUUGAACAUCGAGGUCACACGGUGUCUGUGCAGCAAUCGCAUGGCGACGCUCCCGUGGUCGUCACCGCUCACGUUUGGCAUCACGAACAGGCGAGGACACUCCUGUCGGCCGCCUCUGACGGCUCGCUGCAUGUGUGGGACUGGAUCGAUCCAUCAGCCGGGUGAUGCCAUCACACUGGAGUGAUAAACGACUCAAAGCCUCUCUGGUGAACAUGAGCAAUUAAGCCCCACUUUCAGAUCCUCUCAUUUGGUAGAGAGCAAUCAUUGUCAUUGUGUGAGUAUUAUUAGCCUCCACUGCCGCCUGAAUAAGGCAACUUUUUGCACAAUAGAGAUGACUGCUGGGUCACGCAGAAAGAAAGCCUGAAGAUGAUUUCAAGUUACUGUCUGACUUUUUACCCUUUAAAAACUUUCUGCAACUAUUAGAACUAUAAAAGGCAGAAACAUUGCGUGGUGUUGCAUGUAAAAUAAUAUCCCAAACAGAAGUUCCAUUUCAUGUUUUUAUAGUUUUUCCCUCUGGGGGAAAGAAUGAAGAUCAGACAAGAGGUUGGCUUGAAGCAACACACUCGUACAUGAAUGCACGCAGAGGAAUCUGUAGUGGUCGUUCAUGAAUUAAGCUGCAUUUACGUUCUAAUUUAAGCCCUUUUUAGAUGCUUUUAAAAACAAAACACAACGGAAGAAACAAGACUAAUAAAGAGGACAUCAUUCCAUAAAGCCGCCCAUGUUUUCAAAGCAGUUUUCGACCUUUUAGGCAGAGUGGAUUUGAUUGAUGCUGCAUUCAGGGUCCACACAAGCAGUUUGUUAGACGGCACACUAGAGACACUCUGUUAUCAUUGUGUGGACGGCCCUGAUGACAAGAUUAGACAAAAUCAAUGAAUAGUCUGGAUCAUUGGUUUUUACCAACUUUUUAACACUGAAGACAAACAAAACAGAAAAAAAUCCCUUUCUUCUCCUUUCAUACACGACUUUAACCCUCGGCUGGGAAGAGAAACUACGCUGGACUUUUCACUUCCUGGUUGCGUGGUGGGUGACAUGUCAGAGCGAGGAAGGGCAAGUGGGCAUCUUUAAGUUGCACAAGCACUGGCAAGCAAUAUUCCCCAGGGUAGGACAACUCAUUUCCUAACUGACAGAAGGGAAUUAUCCCGCAACAAAAAUAUAUAUUUGAAAAGUCAAAGAACUAAAAGAAACAACAUGGACAAAAGUAUUGGGACUCCUAUUGAAUGAAUGGCAGGUCCUUAGUUGUCCCUUAAUCUUUCUUGGGGAAGACCCUUUUCAGAUCCUGUGCAAGUUCCAUAAAGGCAGGAGGAUAUCACAACAGUACACAGUCUGAAACCUUUCAGUUUCAGAGGAAUGGAUGAUGUUAUACAGUCAUUUCCUGCUAUUCUUGGUCUUGGAUCAUAACCCCCAUGAAAAACUCAAUCCCUAACCCUAACACUGCCUAUUUUGAAUAUAAAAUGCCUCUCAUGUUUUCAUUUCAAAUUAAGUUCUACACAUUAUGGCGCCGUUAAUACAACAUCACGUCUCGUCAAAGCAUCUUCCUGCUGGAAAAUGUUGCAUGAAUUGACUUGUAAGACUGGGCCCUCUGCUGGUUUCAGAACUGCAGAAUCACCCCCCCCCAAUCCCAAUACUUCUGUCCAUGUUUCCCAGUCCUACUACUGCUGCCUUACAGGAACAUCAUGAUGGCUAACAAGCACCAUCUGUUCUCAGCUAGCGCUGCAUAUAAAAAGUUGUUGUGCUUCAGCAGCCAUGUCAUUCAUUAAACGGUAAAUGACAUGAAUGACUUGCCAUUGUGUUCCCUCAAAUAGACAAAAAGCUUUUGCAUUAGUGUCUCGACGGAAAUAAAAAUAC